AUGUUUGGAACCAAUGACAGCUCCCAUGGACGCUUCACCCUGCUAGGCUUCUCUGAGCACCCCCACCUGGAGAGGAUCCUCUUUGGGAUCAUCCUGGUAGCCUAUCUCCUGACCCUGGUGGGCAACACCACCAUCAUCCUGGUGUCCCGGCUGGACCCCCACCUCCACACGCCCAUGUACUAUUUCCUCACUCACCUGUCCUUCCUGGACCUCACCUUCACCACCAGCUCCAUCCCACAGCUGCUCUACAACCUGCAUGGCCCAGACAAGACCAUCAGCUUCAUGGGCUGUGCCCUGCAGCUGUUCCUGUUCCUGGGCCUGGGUGGUGUGGAGUGCCUGCUCCUGGCUGUCAUGGCAUAUGACCGCUUCGUGGCAGUCUGCAAGCCCCUGCACUACAUGGUGAUCAUGAGUCCCAGGCUCUGCCUGGGCUUGGUGUUGGUGGCCUGGGUCUGUGGGGUGGCCAACUCCCUGGCCAUGUCCCCGGUGACCCUGCUUCUGCCACGCUGUGAGCACCACCAUGUGGACCACUACCUAUGUGAGAUGCCAGCCCUGAUCCGCAUGGCCUGUGUCAACACAGUGCCCAUUGAAGGUACUGUCUUUGUACUGGCAGUGGUCAUUGUGCUGUCACCCCUGGCAUUCAUCUUGGUCUCCUACAGCUACAUUGUGAGGGCCGUGUUGCAAAUGCGGUCAGCAUUGGGGAUGAAAAAGGCCUUCAACACAUGUGGCUCCCAUCUCACAGUGGUCUUGCUUUUCUAUGGAAACAUCAUCUACAUAUACAUGCAGCCAGGAAACAGUUCCUCCCAGGACCAGGGCAAGUUCCUCACCCUCUUCUACAAUAUUGUCACCCCACUCCUGAACCCCCUCAUCUACACCCUCAGGAACAAAGAGGUGAAGGGGGCACUGAGAAGGCUGCUGCUUGGCAUGAGGGAGGCAGGGAAGGAGUAA